AUCUCCGUUCCUCCAGCAUUCUGCUGUCUGAGUGCAUCAGGGCCUGCAGGAGGAGCACCCUGCAGCACACAGGGUGCCAUCACAGGGGGACCUGGCCUUGCCCCUGCAGCGUGAGGUUAAAGCCCCAGUCCCCAUUCAGAUGGGGUGAGAUGUCGGGGCAGCUCCCUCUCCUUGUGUGAGCCUGGAGCGUGUGUUCUCCUCCUGAAAACCUGCGCAAAUUGGGGUGUAAAGGGAGAUGGCUGCACACAGGCAGCUGGCAGGCCUCCGGGCUGAGGUGGGCUGCUCCCAGCACCCGCGGCUCCUCCAGGGAGCUGCUGGAUGAGGCUUCGCCUGCCCCGCUGCCGCCGUGGGGCUCCACACUGGUGCUUCUGCUUCUUGCAAAAUGUUUGGUUGCUCUUCUCUGUUUGCUGACGGAGGGUGAAAGUGCGUGUUUUUCCCCGGCCGAGCCGAGGAUCAAGGGCAGCAGCUGGCAGGGGGCCAGAGCCCGGCUCGGACCUGCGAGCCCCGGUGCUGACAAAAACCGCUUCUCCCUUCUCUGGUGUCUGAAGUUGCUUGUUCCAGAUCCACGUGUUUUCCCCAAGGUGUUAGCAGGCAGAGCGGCCGCUCACCUCGCUGUCCCGGGAGGGACCGGGCUGGGGCCAGGAGCCCGUACCCGCUCAGCCCGUUCCCCCGCAGCCCUCGGAGGGACGCGGGACGGCUGCUCCCAGGGCGGGGGCUCCCCGCGGCCGCGGCUGCUUUAAGGGGAGGGCCGAGCCGGCCCCGCCGGGCUCUUAAAGCCUCCCCGCGGGGCGGCCGGGUCCGCUCCGAGCCUCCCGCCCCGGCCAUGGGCUCCCUGGGGCGCUGCCUGGCUCGGGGGCUGCUGCGGGGGCAGCCCGGCCUCUGCCUCCCCCUCGGGCCGCCGCGCUGCUACGGCUCCGCUCCCCCGGAGCUGCGGGAGCAGACGCUGGUGCUGGUGAAACCGGACGCGGUGCAGCGGCGGUUGGUGGGCGAUGUCAUCGGGCGCUUCGAGCGGCGCGGCUUCAAGCUGGUGGCCAUGAAGCUGCUGCAGGCGGAUCGGGGCCUCCUGGACCGGCACUACCAGCAUCUACAGCAGAAGCCCUUCUACCCCGCGCUCCUGGCCUACAUGACCUCGGGGCCGCUGGUGGCCAUGGUGUGGGAGGGCUACAACGUGGUGCGCUCCACGCGUGCCAUGGUGGGGGACACAGACUCAGCGCAGGCGGCGGCGGGGACCAUCCGGGGGGACCUCAGCAUGCACGUCAGCAGGAACGUGGUGCACGCCAGCGACUCGGUGGAGACGGCGCUGCGGGAGAUUGGCUUCUGGUUCCAGCGGGACGAGCUGGUGGCCUGGGAGAGCGGGGACAGCCAGUACACCUAUGGGCCCUGAGGGCGCAGGGACCCUGCGUCAUUAAAUGCUGCACCUCCCCUGCUGCCCUGCUCCUGUCCUUCACCGGCACUGGGAUGUGAACUGGGGGGACUGGGAGGCAGCAGGAAGUGCUGGGGGCACUGGGAUGUCACUGGGGGGCGAUGGACAGCACUGGAAUGUCAAUGCAGAGGAACUGGGGUGGCACUGAGAGGCACUGGAGUAUCAUUAGGGAGUACUGGGGGCACUGGGAUGUCACUGGAGGACAAUGGACAGCACUGAGAUGGUACUGGGGUGACACCAGAAAGCACUGGGAUGUCACCAAGAAGCGCUGGAUGUCACUGGGGGGCACUGGGAUGGCAUGGAGUGGCAAUAGAUGGCACUGAAUUGUCAUCGUGGAGGCACUGGGUGUCACUGGGAUGCGCUGGUGAUGCUGGGAAGAACAGAAAUGGAGCUGGGAGGGUACUGGGAAGCUCCAGGAGGCACCAAGAAAUGCUGGGAGCGCUGGGAUGCCACCAAGAGGAGCUGGGUGUCACUGGGGGAGCACUGGGAUGUCACUGGGUUAUCGCAUGGCAGCCCUGGAAUGGCACUGGGAGGUCACGGGGGAGUGCUGGGGGGCAGUGGACAGCACUGGGCUGUCACUGGGACGAUACUGGGAAGUGCUGGGUGCCAGGGGGAGGCACUGGGAGCCUCUUGGGAUUGCGGGCGCUCUGGGGCGCCGGGGCCGCCGCUG